GAAGAGGGGGCACUGACAGUUCAUACCAGAAACCCAACCCAUGUGGCACCAUUUUCUGGGGGACUCCCCAAUGUUUUGGGGGACACUCUGGGGAAAGAGCUCAUUGAGGAACCCUCCAUGCCAGAACCCCUUCCAGCACCUCGCAUCACCAACAAAAUCCUUGGGGAAGAGCUCACUGAGGAACCUUCUGUGACAGAACCCCUUCCAGCACCUCGCAUGACCAAUGACAUCCUGGCGGAAGCGCUCAUUGAGGAACCCUCCAUGCCAGAACCACUUCCAUCACCUCGCAUGACCAAUGACAUCCUGGGGGAAGAGCUCACUGAGGAACCCUCCAUGCCAGAACCUCUUCCAGCACCUCAUAUCACCAACACCAUCCUGGGGAAAGAGCUCACUGAGGAACCCUUCAUGCCAGAACCACUUCGAGCACCUCGCAUCACCAAUGACAUUCUGGGGGAAGAGCUCACUGAGGAAUCCUCCAUUCCAGCACCCCGUCCAGCACCUCACAUCAGCAACAACAUCCUGGGGGAAGCGCUCAUUGAGGAACCGUCCAUUCCAGAAACCCUUCCAGCACCUCACAUCACCAACAAGAUCCUGGGGGAAGCGCCCAUUGAGGAACCCUCCGUGCCAGAACCCCUUCCAGCACCUCGCAUCACCAACAACAUUCUGGGCGAAGUGCUCAUUGAGGAAACCUCGAUGCCAGGGCCCCUUCCAACACCUUGCAUCACCAAUGACCUACUGGUGAAAGUGCUCAUUGGGGAUACCUCAGUGCCAGGUCCUUCCAUCCUCACAGCCACUCCAAAGGAAGCAGCUUCUGUGCCAGAGCCCUUACUAGAGCCUUCCAGUGCUGAUAAUUAUCUUCAGCAAGAAGUAGAACUCCUCAAAGGGUUACAGCAUGACUAUGGCCAGCAGCAACUGAGGGUUCGCCACAUUUCCGAACAGUUCCCUCGUUCUCUCCAGGCCAUCAACCUGCAAACUGGACACAUGCGGACAAGGCUCAUCCGCAGUGAAGCUCGGCUGCAGCUUUGGGAAAGGGAAGAUGUUCCUGCAGGCCCUGCUGCUCUUCUCCAGCCCUCUGGGUCUGAUUCAUCAUUGUCUUCUGCCUCCCUUGAGGUUGCCUCCAUCCCACCCUCCACCUCCACCUCUUCCCUCCUCCUGCAUCCCUCUCCACCUCCUCCUCCUUUCCCACCUCCUCUGGAGCCGGACCUCAGCAAUGUGAAAGAAACUCUGCAGAGUUUGGUAGAGAUGCAGGUCCAUCAGCUGCGUGACCGCCAAAGAGACCUCCGCAGCUGCCAGGAAUGCUUACAAAGCUUCAAGGCACUGAGGGGACAAUUGAGGCAGCUAAGGAGCAGACUGGCCAGGGUGGAAGCCACUAUGGGGAUCGUGGUUCCUCCAAGGGAGCUGGACGUUGCUGAGGAAGAAGGGGAAGGCAAAUUAAAAGAGACAACUGUGCUACUAUUUGAUAUAUGAUAUACAUAAGUAGCAAUAAAAUGCUGUGUAUAUAUUUUUUAAAAAUUAAAUAUUUGUUUUAAUAGGAUGUAGAGAUAGAAAAGCAAUAAAACUAGCAUAUUUAUUGUUUAAAAAAUAAAAUGUUUUAUUUUAA